AUGGAAACAAUUAAAGAAUUUUGUUCAUAAGAAACCAUAGAGUAUAAAUAAUAUUUAACUAGUUUAACAGAACUAUUGGAUAAGUUUCCAGACUCAAGUGAAUAUAUUGAUGAUUUAUCAUUUCAACAGACACUACGAUUCGUAAACAUACCAAUUUGUUUUAAAUUAAAUAAAAUUGCUGAAAUAAAUUAAACACACAAAAUUGUGUUAAUCAAGGGAACAGUCAUUAGAGCCGGGAUUGCUAAAUCCAUGUCUAAAGUUCUAUCUUAUCGAUGCAAGGAGUGUAAAUUUGUCACAGAAGUUCAAUCAUGUUCAUCUAAUUAUUUUAUGACUGAAAAUCAAAUGAAGUGUCAAAAUAUAGUAAUCAAACAAUAAAAAUAUAACCCAUUCUUCAAACAGAAAAUAUAAGGAUUCAAAAAGCAGAAGUGCAAUUCCACAGCAUUUGAAAAAUUAGAAGAUUCAAAAUUAAUUGAUUAUUAAGAAAUCAAAAUAUAAGACACCUACACUACAAUUGAACCUGGAACGAUAUCCAACAGCAUCAGAGUAAUGUUAGAGGGGGAGUUCGUAAAUAGUUGCAAUUCAGGAGACGAUGUCAUAAUUGGAGGCUUAGUGACUUAGAGAUGGAAGAUGAUGAAAUAGAUACCUCAAAUAACUCUAUGGAUAGACUGCAAAUACCUAAGAUUAUAAAAUUAAUUAAAGCUACUUUAGACUAUCGAUGAUGACUAAUUGAAUAGCACUUUUUAACAUAGAAAUUAAGUUAUCAAUUCAUUCAUACCUGAAUUAUGCAAUCAAUGGUAAGUUAAAUUAGGAACACUCUUAAGUUUAAUUGGAGGAGUGACAAAAUCAAAUAAUGGGAUUACAGUAAGAGGGGAUUCUCAUCUUUUACUCAUAGGUGAACCUGGAACUGGUAAAUCUACAUUCCUUAGAAAUGCCUGUACUAUAAGUGAAAAAUCAAUCUACGUGAAUGGAAUAGGGACAACUCAAGCAGGAUUAACACUUUCCUUUGUUAAAGAGGGAUCAGAUUGGAUGAUUGAAGCUGGAGCUUUAGUGAUGGCUGAUUAAGGAUUGUGUUGCAUAGACGAAUUCAACUUAUUGAAUUAACAAUCAUAAUAGUCUAUUUUAGAAGCAUUGGAACAACAAACCAUUAGUAGUAGCAAAGCUGGUAUAUCAACAAAAUUAAAUGCAAGAACAACCAUUAUAGCUGCUUGCAAUCCAGUUGAGUAAGUGUAUAAUAGUAAGUUGUCAAUAUAAUAUAAUUCUGGGUUAUCUACACCAUUAUUAAGUAGAUUUGAUCAAAUAUACAUUUUAAAGGAUCAACAUGACUUUGAAUUAGACAAAUAGUUGUGCGAUCACAUUUUCAAUCUUAACAACAAUAAAUAAAAUUAUACCUUAAAGUAGUUAAAGUAAUAUAUUAUCUAUGUUAAAAACACAUUCCAACCGAUAAUGAAUGAAGAUUGUCAAUAAGUCAUAUAAAAAUACUUUACAUUUAUCAGAUAAUAAACUUAAUAAGUUACUGCAAGAAAACUAGAAUCUUUAAUCAGAUUAUCUGAAGCACAUGCUCGAUUAUGUUCAAAGCGAUUCAUUGAUGAAUUUGAUGUCGUGACUGUUAUAGCACUAAUCGAAAGUACUCAAUUUACAGGGAUCUAUCCUGAAUUCUAAGAUUGCUUGACAGAAGGUGUUACUGUUGAUAAGAUCCAAGACAUGUGGAAUCAUUUGAAAAAUAUCUGA